AUGGCCGACGGCGUGCCCCUCAUCUGUGAUUACGGCUCGGCCCUCAGCAAGGUGGGCUUCGCAGGGAAGGAAGCACCCCAGGCCGUCUUUCCCACCAUCCUCGGGAAGCUGCGGCACGACAACCUGUUGGUGGGGGUGGAGGAAGAAGAGUGGUUCAUCGGAGCGGAGGCUCAGAGAAACUGUGAGAAGAUCAUCCUGCAGUAUCCCGUCUCUCGCAGCAGCAUCACCAACUGGGACACCCUGGAGAUGAUCUGGCACCACUCCUUGUACCAGCUGCUGCACGUGGCCCCCGAGCAGCACCCCGUAUUGAUGACGGAGCCGCCUCUAAACUCCCGGACCAACAAGGAGAAAAUGUGCCAGAUCCUGUUUGAGACCUUCCACGUGCCCGCCCUGUACUUGGCCAACCAAGCUGUGCUUUCUCUCUAUUCCUCCGGCUACACGUCCGGCACCACUAUCGAGUCUGGGGAGGGCAUGACACACUUCGUGCCCAUCAUCGAAGGCUGCCCUCUGCACCAGUCGACCCUCCAAGUGGAUGUAGCGGGUCAGGACCUGACCACGUUUCUCCUGCGGCUGCUGUCCGACAAGGGCCACUUACUCGUGAGCACAGCUGACCGGGACAGGGUCAGGGACCUGAAGGAGAAAUGCUGCUUUGUGGCCUUGGACUUCGACAAGGAAAAGGGGAACUCCACCGGGGCUCCUUGCCAGGAGACCUACCUGCUCCCUGACAGCCAGGAGAUCCGCCUUGGGCCUGAGAGAUUCGUCUGCCCCGAGGCCCUCUUCCAGCCGGACCUCAUAGGCAGGAGCAGCGUGGGGAUGCCCAUGAUGGCUGUGCAGAGUGUCUCGGCCUGCCGUCCCGCCCACUGGAAGGCCCUUUACGGCCACAUCCUGCUCUCGGGGGGCACCGGCUGCCUCGCGGGCCUGCGGUUCCGGCUGCAGAGGGAGAUCACCACGCUGGUGUCGCCUGCCCUCACCGUGAAGGUGUGCAACUGCCCCUAUUCUGCCUGUGGCGCCUGGGUCGGUGGCUCCAUCCUGUGCUCCCUCUCCACCUUCGAGGACAUGUGGGUCACCAGCUCCGAGUACAGGGAAGUCGGCUGCUCUGUCGCCAGCAGGAGAAGCUACUGA